AUGACACCUAUCGUUCACAGCUGUACAAGUAUAAGCAAAAAAACAUCACAAAUGACGGAUACUACGUCAAGUUUAAAUAUUCACAUACAAUUUACAGCAAUGAUCAUUCUCCCUGUGUUCAUUGAACCUGCUAGUAUAUUGCCAAAGUACUUCUUUUCGAAAAAAAUUGAUCAAACCCAACCGCGAAGCCACUUUGUUCUUGGAAAAGUAUAUGAAAACCGCAUAUUUUUAAAUAUUAUCAUACAAAAGGCCAGACUCAUAACUGAUACCAACAGGAAGCACGUUGUAUGUGGAACACCUGAUAUCCUCUGGCUUGUUGACCUCAUAAGCGCCGUUGUUAACAUUCUUUAA